UGUAUGUGGGCUUUCCAGGAAAUGGAGGAAUGAGUGUGUAGCAAGCGACACAGAGGGAGGGGAAACCGAAAAGGCGUUAACUGCAAGUUCCACACAGGACGUGAGCGAGUCCUGUCUCCUUUAGGUAUUCCAGUUCCAGCAGCAACACUUGAAACAAAAAGAUGAGUGACGAAAAUCAACCUCAAGUUGAACUUUUUGUGAAGGCAGGCAGUGAUGGCCAGAGCAUUGGCAACUGUCCGUUCUCCCAGCGCCUCUUCAUGGUGCUGUGGCUUAAAGGAGUAACGUUCAACGUCACCACCGUGGACAUGAAGAGGAAACCAGACAUCCUUAAGGACCUAGCACCUGGUGCUCAGCCCCCCUUCCUGCUCUAUGGGACGGAGGUGAAAACAGACACCAACAAGAUAGAAGAGUUCCUGGAGGAGAACCUGUCCCCUCCAAAAUACCCCCGCAUGGCUUCCAGGAACCCUGAGUCUAACACAGCCGGCCUGGAUGUGUUCUCCAAGUUCUCGGCCUACAUCAAGAAUUCAAACCCCCAGCUCAAUGACAACCUAGAGAAAGGCCUGCUCAAGGCCCUGAAGAAGCUAGAUGACUACCUUGGCUCACCACUUCCUGAGGAGAUUGACGAGACUAGUGCUGAUGAGGUCACUUCUUCCGCCCGCCCCUUCCUGGAUGGGCAGGACCUCACUCUGGCCGACUGCAACUUGCUGCCCAAGCUGAACAUCGUCAAGGUUGUGUGUCUGAAGUAUCGCACUUUCUCCGUCCCCAAGUCUCUCUCCAACCUGUGGCGGUACCUGGACGCUGCAUACGCCCGCGAGGAGUUCUCCUCUACCUGCCCCAACGACACAGAGAUACACAUCGCCUACUCAGCCGUGGCUAAAGCACUUAAGUAGGAGGAGAAGGGGAUUCCAUCAGUUUUCACACACCAGUGAAUACAUCUUAUACACUCACCUACGCACACACUGUACAUGUGGCAGCAUACACACACACUAAUGCGCUCACACACACAUGCACUCUCUCAGACACACAUAUUAUUCAACAGCGUAGCAAGUUGGAAACAUUUAAUUGGCCAUUUAAGAGUUUGUGAAACUGAGACUUAUAAUUUAUGGUUCCCUUUUUGUCACAUGCCGCAUCCACUCUUAAUUCCGUAUAUUCAGUGGCAGUUACACACAGUUAAAGUUCUAUACACGGGCAGUAGGUUACAUAUGGUAGCAUCCAACUAAAGGUGUUCAGUCACUAUGAUUAAUUCUGCUCUCCAUACAUUGCCAGCUAUUAGCUUCUAUCUCUUGGCCAGACCGUAAACUGCUCUUCUGUUGUGAUUACACACACACACACACACAUACCAGUUUAACUGCUACCUGCAGCUGAAAGAGAGAGGUCUGUUAUAGGUGUGUCUAUAAUUAUACAUUAUUACAUAUAUAUUAUUACACUGUUGAUAUAUUGGUUCAGGGCGAACCGCCUUUAACAUGGUCAGUUUGAAGCAAUCGUUUUAUACAUGCUAAAUGGUCCGAGAUUAGGUUCAGGGAAUAGGAAAGCAGGUCUUGGGCAUGUAAUAGUACAUCGGGGCACACUAUAACAGAGGUGUUUCUCAGCACUGUACUGUUACCAACACAGGAAAUGAUUUCAGCAGACCUCGGCUUCCCCUUUCUCCGCCUUGUAGCGCUGUGAAGGGUUAAUCAAGUUUAUAUCCCCCCCCCCCAUUGUAAGGCUCUUUUGCUAUUAGUAAUCGACCUCCAUUCCCCCAUUCAAAGUGAAGGAUAUUUUUAUACUAUAAAAAAAACUGUGAGAGGCUCAUAUUGCAGGACAGUUGAGUUAUUCCAGACGAAGUAAUGUGGCUAUAGUUGCUGCUUUGUGUGAACAUUAGGUUAUUAAAGUACUUGACUCUGUAUGGCCUUGAGGCACCAAGCCGGUUCAGUCACAUGUUUCACUGUAAUCUGAGGGAAAACUACAGGAUGUAAUGCAGACGUGCACACGGCUCCUCGCAUGACUAAACCAUAAACGUCACAUUCAUUAAAAAUAGAGAUGCACAUUACAUAGAUAACUGAAAUAUUCAAAGAGAGAAUGCUACAGGAUUGUGUAUUUGUACUUUUUGAUAUGGUUACUUGAACUUGAAAAAAGAGAAGUUUGAACCUUUAGUGAGACAAAUGAAAGGUUUCACUUCAGGUCUAUCGAGCUGGGUGUUGUUUAAGUUGUUUAAACACCUUUGAACCUUUGAAGUCCUGUGCUUUGUAGUACUGAGCAAUUUGAGCUUUUUUAGGUCAUUCGUUUUCGGUUCUAUUAAUGCAUAAUAAUCACGGUUUUUAAUUUUGGUUUUGAUUAUUUUUGUUAAAUAUGAAAUGCAUUAUGAAAUAAUGACAUGAUUUUAGAGCUUUUUAAUGAAAAUUCCAAAGCCAAAAAUAGUAAACAUUGAAUUUCCAAAACAUUUAAAAUAUUCCAUUGUCUCUGAUCAGGUCCACAUUGGGUAAACGUCAAUAGAAAAAUGGAAAAUUACAAUGAAAUAAUAAAAUGUGUAUAUUACUUAGUUUUUAGUGGAUUACAUUAUUAUUUUUAAUUCCUUAAAGUAAUCAUCUCAUCUCUGCUCAGGCUGUAGCAAUCAGCCAGCCAGGCCAUGUAACAUUACGUCCUACCCAAACUAUACUGUCUUUAGUCAUCCUAUUUAGCUAGCCUGCCUAAGUAUGCUGCAGAGCUUUCUCACGAAAUCAUUUGACUAGAUCUUCAAAGUAGAUAAGGCAUACUUUCUUUAACUGUCUCUGUCCCUCUCGUCGUUGUGUUGUGUAUAUUCCUCUCUCGUGUGGUCUAUUCAGUCUGUGUAUCUAACCUAACGUAGCAUGCGUAAAAGUGUAUCCGUCCUGAGAUCAGUAUACAAUUACGGGAUGCUAAUUUCUCCGCCCUAAUAAUGAGAGUCGUCGCAAAUGCGGGAAGGCAAACGACAAGCGUAAGUCAUUACAAACGCAUUGCAUUCGGUUUAUUUUGGAGAGAUUUUGGCGAAAGUGAAACCUCUCGUUUGGCCUCUUCCUCUGAUCUGUUUGAGCUGGGGGGAAAAUUGGCGCAAUGGAUUGUAGUCAUUGUAAUUAUUUAUGACAUUUCUGCGCUGAACUAUGUUGAAUAUUUGUUAAAUGAAAACAACUCCCUUCAGCCCGGGGUCCCACAUAGUUCUUGACAUCAUUUAUUUUCUGAAUGAUUUGACUAACUAAAUGGAAUUCAAGUAAUUUAACCGACUUUGGUCCAUUAGUUGUUUAAUAACCUGGAAAAAACGAAAUGUCAGUUAAUCGUUCAGCACUAAGGCUUUGUAGUGUGUAGUGACUUUGAAUAAGUAAUCCAUUUCACAUUGACUUGAAAUUCAGUCCCCUGGGAAAGAACUGGACAUAUUUGUUUGGGCUCUAUUUAAUCCAUAGGUCAGUGGUCAGCGUUACAGCGUGAUUGAAAUUCAAAGGCAAUGUUACCGCGUUAGUGGAGACUGCAUUCACGGUAAAUGUUGCAUAUGCCGGCUCAAUCAGAAAUUACAUUUUAAUUUCUAUUGCACAAUAUGUAACGAUUCAGCGAUACAGAUUGAAUAGAGCUCUCAGCCUGACUGAUAGAUGGUGCAUUCAUGAUAAUGACAUACAUUUACAACAGCUUAGUGAAGACAGAACCUAUAUAUUUUGUAUGUCUUCCAGGGUAAGGUUUUGUAAGACAGUCACUAAGUGCAAUUCACGUUAUUGAAUAGUACAAACAUGAAGAUGUCAUUUGUCAUCUGAGUUGGCAUUGUUAUGUCAGCUAUUUUAUACAGUCGAGUCAUCAAACCGUGGGAUGAAUCUGUAGUUUAAAACCCAUACAUGUCCUCCACAGCUGAUAGAUAAGAAAAAUCUUCAUAAAACCCAUUACUAUUUUACAUGACUGAAUCCUUUAUGUUAUGGAUUUUAUUUGGUUUCUAUGGACCUACUUUUACCGGUCAAUUGUCUAUAGUCCUGUUGUCAUAACUAUUUGUCAAAAAGAGAACAAGUCUUCAUUUCAAUGUUGCCUGUUGUAGUCUAGUAUUUUCCUUUACUGAAGCUUGUAACAGUUAUUUUUUUAACCUCCUUUUACUGUAAGAUUAGUGAUGACUUCAGGGACUUUUUACAUUCGUCUUUAAUGAUUAUUUAAUGUAUUAUCCACCUUUACGUCUCCAUUUCAUACAUAUCUAUUUUCCAUCUUUAUCCCCUCCUCAAACCCAUCCUCUUUUUUUAAAGACCCAUCUUCAUUUUUGUUGUUUAUUUUCUUCCUAACUUUUGAUGCAUUCUUUCCUCCAUGUAUUUCAGCCCUUUACUUCACCUUCAAUUUUAUUCGAAGGGAAAAAUAGCACUUAACCUAGAUUAUGUUGCGUACAUUGAGUCAAUGACAAUCAAACUUAGUAUUUCUUUUGUAGGUUUUAAUCAUCCUGAAAAGACGGUCAAAAUAAAACCACAAUUGGUUACUGUUUCUUUA